AGUGUAAGUUGACUGAGCCACCCAACAUCACACCCCUAUAAAUUCCCUUCACUUUCUUUGAAUCUCUCACUCUAAAUCUUGAUAUAUAACAAAGAGCUUUCAUCUUGCAUUCUCUAAACAACCCAAAAACAGCAAGUUUUCGAUACAGCAGUCGUAAAAGAAACAAACAAAAUGAACCCUCAGGUUCAGCUUGCUAAAUAUAGUAGUUACCAUAAGAUAUGGUUAAUUAUCUUGUUCAUAAGCAUUACUUUGGUCACUCCUCUUCCCUUAGAAAAUCUUCCACUCGAAGGCCAAUUCAGCUUCGAGGAAAUUAACCAUGCAGCUCGCGAUUUUGGCAACCGAUAUCAACUGCCUCCCUUGGCAGUUCUUCAUCCAAAGUCAGUUUCUGACAUAGCCAAAACUAUAAAGCAUGUAUGGAAAAUGGGUCAGGGUUCUGACCUUACAGUCGCAGCAAGAGGCUGUGGCCAUUCUCUUCAAGGCCAAUCCCAAGCCCAUCAAGGUGUCGUGAUCAACAUGAGAUCUCUUCGACUUCAUCCAAUACAAGUAGUAGUCCAAAAUGGAGUAGUCCAGCCUUAUGUUGAUGUUUAUGGAGGUGAACUGUGGAUCAACAUCCUGCAUGAAUGUCUGAAAUAUGGCUUGACACCUAAAUCUUGGACAGAUUAUCUUCAUCUAUCAGUUGGAGGUACUUUGUCCAAUGCUGGGGUUAGUGGACAAGCUUUUCGCCACGGCCCGCAGAUUAGUAAUGUCCACCAGCUUGAGGUUGUUACAGGUAAAGGGGAAGUAGUCAACUGUUCCAAGAAACAAAAUGCUGAACUCUUUCACAGUGUUCUUGGAGGACUUGGACAGUUUGGUAUCAUUACUCGAGCCAGAAUUUCUCUAGAACCUGCUCCCCAAAUGGUGAAAUGGAUCAGAGUUCUGUAUUCAGAUUUUGACACAUUUGUCAGAGAACAAGAACAGCUGACAGUAGCAAAGGCAACAUUUGAUUACAUUGAAGGUUUUGUAAUAAUAAACAGAACUGGCCUCCUAAAUAACUGGAGAACGUCUUUUGACCCACAAGAUCCAGUUCAAGCCAGUCAAUUUAGUUCAGAUGGGAAAACACUUUUCUGCUUAGAAUUGGCAAAAUAUUUUAAGCAUGACGAAGCUGAUCUUGCAGACCAGGAAAUCAAGCUCAUGCUUUCGCAACUAAGCUAUAUCUCAUCUACUCUUUUCAUAGCACAAGUCUCAUAUGUGGACUUCUUAGAUAGAGUUCAUGUGUCUGAGAUAAAACUGCGGUCAAAAGGAUUAUGGGAAGUACCACACCCAUGGCUCAAUCUCCUAAUCCCUAAGAGCAGCAUUCACAGGUUCGCGGAGCAAGUGUUUGGAAACAUACUCAAGGACACAAGCAAUGGUCCCAUUCUCAUAUACCCCGUUAACAAAUCCAAGUGGGACAACAGAACCUCGGUCGUUAUUCCAGAAGAAGAUGUGUUUUACCUAGUGGGAUUUCUAUCCUCUGCAGUUCCUUCUUCGACAGGAAGUGACGGCUUAGACCAUAUCUUGAGUCAGAACAAAAGGAUUCUAGAUUUCUGCGAAUCGGGCCGACUUGGUGUGAAGCAGUAUCUGCCCCACUACAGCACACAACAAGAGUGGAAAGCACACUUUGGUCCAAGGUGGGAAGUCUUCAAACAAAGGAAAUCUACUUAUGAUCCUUUGGCGAUUCUUGCACCAGGACAAAGAAUUUUUCAAAAGUCUUUACCCAUCUCAUGACACAUUUUAAAAGGCUACAUUAUAAACUUUAUAAAAGCAGAAUUUCGACGGAUGAAAUAGAGAUGUUUCAUAAGUAAGCAUUAUAAUUAAGAUAUAGUAACUGUAAUUAUCAGAGUGACUUGUGAUUAGUGGUUUAAAUUGAUCUGCAAUGUAUGUAGCCACAAAUAUACAUCAAAGGGGUCGUCUAGGGGCCCUUUCAAGUUUGAGGCAUACUAAUCAUUAAACCAACCUAUUUUUCUUGACUUCA